CCUUUAUAUCUACAAAAAAACAUCUGUCCAAGAAAACCAUCAUGUCAGAUCAAGUUCAGCAGCCAGUUGAUCCUAAUGAAAACCCCUAUGGCUACCUGGGAAUCGCAAAAAAUCCCGAUGGCUCAAUCACACGCCUGUUUCAACCACCGAGCACACCUGCCUCGUCCGAUCCCAGCAACCCUUUUCAUCUUUCAAAGGACUUGGACAUAAACCAAUCGAAGGGCACCUGGGCUCGAAUAUUCGUUCCUCGGAAAGCAUUUGAUGAUGAUGAUUCCUCCCCUAAACAAAAAUUGCCCCUCAUUAUUUAUUUUCAUGCUGGAGGUUUCGUCGCGUGUAGCGUAAAUACAGCCAUGUUUGAUGCUUUGUACACUCCAAUUGUUACUGAAAUUCCGGCUGUAGUUGUCUCCGUCGAGUACCGUCUUGGUCCGGAGCACCGACUUCCUGCAGCUUAUGAAGAUUGCUUCGAAGCCUUGCAUUGGAUCAUCAAAAACUCCAACGACGAAUGGUUGGAAAAACAUGCUGACUUUUCUAAGGCUUUCUUGAUGGGCAGUAGUGCUGGUGGUAACAUUGUUUAUCAUGUUGGCCUCCAAGUAGCUGCAUGUGUUGACGAUCUCCUGCCUCUGCAGAUCAAAGGGUUGAUAAUGCAUCAACCAUUCUUUGGUGGGAUCGAGAGGACUGAGUCAGAGUUGAGGCUCGCCAACGACAGGUUUGUACCGCUGUCGUUAACUGAUCUGAUGUGGGAUCUGAGCUUGCCAAUCGGCGUUGACCGCGAUCAUGAGUAUUGCAAUCCAAUGGCGAAGAUUAAGCCAGACCAAUUUGAUCAGGUCAAAUCUCUGGGGUGGAAGAUUUUGGUCACUGGCUUUGAUGGUGAUCUGAUGAUAGAUCGGCAGAUUGAGCUUUGGAAGAAAUUAGAAGAGAAAGGUGUAUCGGUGACAGGCAAGUUUGAUGAGGGAGGAGCUCAUGCGUAUGAGCUUGGAGAUCCCACAAAGGCUAAAGAACUAGCCAUUGUUAUUAAAGACCUUGUUGAAUCUACCACCACUUCUUGAAAAAGUAUGUGCUUUGGGAAGCUAUUUUGAUCUUACAACAGGUCAAAAGCCAAAAAGUUCAGCUAAGCCAAGCUAGUGCGCUGGUAUGGUAGAACUAGCUUUUCUGUUUGGUGGCUUACUAGCUAAUUUCAUUUGUGUGCAGUAUGGACUACUUUUGAUUAUAUCGAGUGAGCUGGACUUUUGAUGUAGUAAUAUUUGGACUUUUCUUGUCCCAAAAUUGUCAUCUAGUUACAUGAGUGAUAAAAUUGUCUGUGCCCUUCUGUUUUCAAAGAGAUAAUAAUACAAUUAGGUCUUGGAUUUGUAUGGUAGUGUAACGGGAUGAUAGUUGUAUCAGUUAUACAAAACUUAUACGACUAGUGUUCGGAAAGAAUUACAAGUAA